CAAUCACGUAGGAGGCUGAAGUUUCAGAAACUACGUGACUUUGUACGAUCAGAAUAUGACCAUUCUUGUCUACGCUCAUGUCGUUCAAGGGCAUUAUAUGAAGGGCUAAAGGUAGCUGCUACUCCUGAUUUGAUGCUAGCUCAUCUAGAUUUCUUCCUUGGUGGGGAUGAAAAGAGAAACGAUCUUCCUCCUCCGGUUCAUGAAAGAUUCCCAAUGCCUUUAGUUUUUGGAGGGGAUGGAAGUUACAUGGCUUAUUACACACUCCAAAGCGACGAUAUUCUGACCAGUCUUUUGAGCCAGUUGGUCCCACCAACCACUUGGUACCGGUUUGUAGCUGGUCUGAACGCUCAGCUGCGCCUGGUUCAGCAAGGGAAACUGAGGUCAACGUUUCGCUCGGUUAUGAGAUGGAUUGAGACUCACGGAAACCCCGCCUUGAAAAGAAAUGGUGUACGUGUUGACCUAGCUAGGUUUCAGACCUCGCCUUCCUCGUCUUGCCAGUAUGGAAUCCUUGUUCAGACCAUUGUAGAUGAUGAAGUGGCAUCAAAUGAAACAGAACAGCAGCAGCAGCAGCAUCCAUGGGGGUUACAAAUUGAUAAUACGUCUAGUGAUUUGCAUUUUACACAAUCUCCAAGUAGCUCAAUCAAUCAUUUCAGACACCGAGACUGCGGAGAAAUCAUAGACAUUGGCAGCUUACAGUUUCUCAAAGAAGAAAAAGAUGUCCUCUCUCUCUUAUCCUUCUUGAUUCAUAACUCAAAACCUGUUGGCCAUCAGGAUCUGGUUGGUUUGGUUAUCUCGGUGCUACUCCUAGGAGAUCUAACUCUAAUGUUACUCACUCUGCUCCAACUCUACUCAAUAUCUAUGCUGGACGUUUUUCUCGCUCUGUUUAUUUUACCUCUCAGCAUCAUUUUCCCAUUCCCUGCUGGAGUCAGCGCUUUGUUUAGCCACGGACCAAGACGCUCUGCUGGACGCACUCGCGUCUAUGCUUUGUGGAACCUCACAUCUCUGGUCAAUGUCGUUGUUGCGUUUGUGUGUGGAUAUAUUCACUAUCAUGGCUCAUCAGCUGGAAAAAAGAUUCCAUAUCUCCAGCCUUGGAACAUUAGCAUGGACGAGAAUGAAUGGUGGAUAUUCCCAGGCGCUUUGUUCUUGUGCAAAGUGUUGCAAUCCCAACUAGUAAACUGGCAUGUUGCAAAUCUCGAGAUACAAGAUUACUCCUUGUACAGUGAUGACUCUGAGCUGUUCUGGCAGUCGUAAGACACGAAACAAGACCAUAAUUUAAUACAAUACACAGGUGAAGGGAGCUGGUAUUUUUUUUAUAUAAAAGGCGUCUUCUGGUGGUGCAACAAGCUGAUUCAAAGAUAUUUCAGGUGAAUAUAGCUCUAACUCUUUAGGAAAAGUAGUAAAAGGAAUGAAUAAUCCUGAAAAAUCGUGAGAACAUAAAAGCAUAUGCUUGUAUUUGAUUCCCACACCCAAGAUCCAUCUUGUCUUUUACUUCGAUGGAUUUUAUCAGAUGAUCCGGACCAGGAUGUUCGUUUUGCUGUUUCUAGUGAUGUCUAUUUUUUACUACAAAGAUUGUCUUGAUACUCUGCUGUCUUUGUUUUCUGAAUGAAUGGUAUCUAAGUAUUGGCUGCCAAGUUGAGUAACAUAAUUAUAUACAUUUAUUAGGGGGCAUGGGAUGUGAAUUUGUAACAAUUCUCAAAUUCUAUUGUUAUUGGUUAAGAGAUUCUAAGAUUCUUGCUAAAAUCUAAUGUUAUUUGUUUUAUGAUUGUUUAGUGACUUAUGAAAUCUUUUGUUAUUCAAAAUGUUUGGUUUUU